UUUGUUCUUGACUGUUUCUUGGAAUUCCCGCGGAUUAAUCUGUCCAUUGGCUCAUUGUGAUGAUUGGUGGGCGCAGCGAGGCGGCGGGGGGACGCCGUCCGGUGGCUGCGCACGCUGUUCCCGGGCCUGCCGCCGGAGGCCACCGACGACGACCUGCAGGCCGCGCUCGCCAGCGGUAAGCUGCUCUGCGCGCUCCUCCGGAGGCUCUGCCCGGGCGCCCUGCUGGACGACGCCUCCACGGACAAUGUCGGCAGGUUCCGCGCCGCCGUCGAGCGGAUGGGCGUGCCCACCUUCAGCGCCCACGACCUCGAGAGGGGGCAAAUCUCAGCUGUCAUUACCUGCAUUCUUGCACUAAAGGAUCGAUUCGCAUCCUGCGCCGGUGAGGACCGGAGUUCUACCUUCCUGACCAGAUGCGACAGCGAAGGAAGCAGAAAGCAUAUGGAAGCCAAGCUGCAAAGAGUACUCACAAGCCCCAUUAUGUCAGAACCAUCCACUCCUUCGUUUGGAGCCGAUCUGUAUUCUCCAUCAGGGGUAUUUCAGCUGAAACAAGGAUACUCUGAUCUUUCUGGUUGUAAAAUUUCAGAUUUGAUGAAAUCCACUAGCUUGGAUAAUGCACCUACUCAAUCACUUUUGGGGGUUGUGAAUAGCAUCCUUGAUGAGAGCAUCGAGAGGAAGAAUGGACAAAUACCUUAUCGCAUUGCUUGCCUGCUGAGAAAGGUCAUAGUGGAGAUUGAAAGGCGUAUUUCUACUCAGGCUGGGCACAUACGAAGUCAAAAUAACCUCAUUAAAGCUCGCGAAGAGAAGUAUCAGUCGAGGAUAAGAGUAUUAGAAGCACUAGCUGGCUGGGCAAGCGGGCAAACACAUGUGGAGAAAGACAAACUUGAAGGCAAGGGGCAACUAGCAGACGAAGAUGUGGCUAGGUUAAUGAAGUACGAGGAAGAUUUCUCAAGAUUGAUGAAAGAAAAGGAAGAUAUGGUUAGGUUGCUUAAGGAGAAGGAAGAUAUGGUCAGGUUGCUGAAGGAGAAGGAAGAUAUGGUUAGAUUGUUGAAGGUGAAGGGAGAUAUGGUUGACUUGAAUAAUGAUAAAGUUGAAGAUACACAGCAAACAGUAAAUGGGAAUAGAGAUAGGGUACUUAGGGAGAAGGAUGAUACUGUAGUUAGAUUGACAAAAGAGAAGGAAGACAUGGUUCGGUUGUUGAAGGAGAAGGAGGAUGUAAUUAGACUAAUGAAGGAGAAGGAAGAUAUGGUUGAUAUGAAAGAUGUCACAGUUGAAGAUACACAGCGAAUAAGAGAUGAGAAUAAAGAUAGGUUACUUAAGGAGAAGGAUGAUAUUGUAGUUCGAUUGACAAAAGAGAAGGGAGACAUGAUUAUUUUGUUGAAGGAGAAGGAAGAUAUAAUUAGACUAAUGAAAGAGAAGGAAGAUAUGGUCAGCGUAGGCAGUGGAAAGAUUGACGAUAGGAAGCAAGCAAUAGAUGAUGACAGAGAUAGGUUGAUGAAGGAGAACAAUGAUAUCCUGGUUAGGUUAACAACAGAGAAGGAAGAGAUUACUAAGUUGCUGAAAGAGAAGGAAGCUGUAAUUAGGUUGAUGAGGGAGAAGGAAGACAUAGCUAACUUGAAGAAAGGCAAUGUUGAAGACAGAAAACAAUCAACAGGUAAAGAUGCAGACAUGUCAAUAAAGGAGAAGGGCGACAUAAUUAGGUUGAUGAAGGAGGAUGAUUAUAGCAACGCAAUUAUGAAACUUAAGCAGGAAUUAGAAUCAUUAAGAUCAUCAUAUGAGGAGAGCUGCAAGUUGUUAGAAUCUAAGAAGGAAGAUAUAGCUAAGCUUCUCACAGACAAGGAAAUGAAUAACAACAUAAUUUUGCAACUCAGGCAAGAACUUGAGACAACAAAAAAAUUGCAUGAGACACAUAGUCAGCAAUUAGAGACCAAAGCUGCUCAAGUAAAUAAGGAAUUGGAACAGAGGAUAAAAGAUGUAGAACUCAUGUUAGAAGAUUCUACCAAGAGGAGAAGAGAACUUGAGGAAUUAUCCGAAUCUAGAAUCCAAUUUUGGAAGCAGAAGGAAAUAAUGGUAAACCAAUUUGUGGGGUUUCAAGUUAAGAAUGCUCAGGAUUUGAGGCUAUCUUCUGUUUCUGUUAGGCAUGAAAUCCUAAAAUGUCAAAAAAGAUGGUUUGAAGAACUAUCUGGCUUUGGACAAAACCUGAAGGUGGUAACCAAUGCUGCGGAAAAAUAUCAUGCAGCUCUUGCAGAUAAUAGAAAAUUAUUCAAUGAGAUCCAGGAACUAAAAGGAAAUAUCAGAGUUUAUUGCCGGAUAAGACCUUUUCGACCCACGGAGGAUGAGAAGUCCACUUCAAUUGAAUAUAUUGGUGAGAAUGGUGAACUGAUUUUAUCAAACCCUACAAAAAAGGGAAAGGAAGGGGGCAAGAAUUUCACGUUUAACAAAGUUUUUGGCCCUACAACUACGCAAGAUAUGGUCUUCAAGGAUAUUCAGCCACUAAUUAGAUCAGUUCUUGAUGGCUACAAUGUUUGCAUUUUCGCAUAUGGUCAGACCGGAUCGGGAAAAACCUACACUAUGAUGGGACCUGAAAAGGCAACUGAGAAGGAAUGGGGUGUUAACUAUAGAGCACUAAAUGACCUUUUCAGUAUCUCCCAUGAUCGGCAAGACACAAUUAAGUAUGAACUUGGUGUUCAAAUGGUUGAGAUCUACAAUGAGCAAAUCCGUGAUCUCCUUGGCAGUGGUGAAACCAUCCUUUUUCUUAACCUGCACACACUAGGGAUCCAGAAUACCACGCAGCCCAAUGGACUUGCUGUUCCUGACGCGACAAUGUGUCCUGUUAAUUCAACUCCUCAUGUUAUCAAGCUAAUGCAAACAGGGCAUAACAAUAGGGCCAUGAGCGCAACAGCUAUGAAUGAGAGAAGCAGCAGAUCUCACAGUGUUGUGACCAUUCAUGUCCAAGGCCAGGAUUUGAAAACUGGAAACACUUUGCGUGGUGCUCUGCAUCUUGUGGACCUUGCUGGAAGUGAAAGGGUGGACCGAUCUGCGGUCACAGGAGACAGGCUCAAAGAAGCACAGCAUAUCAACAAGUCUUUGGCUGCUCUUGGGGAUGUUAUAUUUUCUUUGUCUCAAAAGAACGCUCAUGUUCCAUACAGAAAUAGCAAGCUUACACAAGUCUUGCAAACUUCUUUGGGUGGGCAUGCAAAGACCCUAAUGUUUGUGCAAGUUAACCCAGAUGUUUCGUCGUACACCGAGACUUUAAGUACUCUAAAAUUUGCAGAACGUGUGUCUGGGGUGGAACUAGGUGCUGCCAGGACCAAUAAGGAGGGCAGAGAUGUCAGAGAAUUAAUGGAUCAGCUUUCGCUGCUCAAAGAUACCAUUUCAAAGAAGGAUGACGAAAUCGAUCGGCUGCAACUAGUCAAUACUAGCACCUCCCGAUUGAAGUCCACGAAACAUGGUGACUCCCUGUUGAAGCAUUCGUCCUCUUCUCCGGGCAUGACAUCCCUAGGAAAGGCGGCAAGUUUUGGCAGUGGGGCAGCUUCUGAUCUUGACAACUUCUCUGACACCAGUGACAGGAAUUCCGAAGCUGGGUCCAUGCUCUCUACUGAUGACACCCGGCAGCUGAUUCAGAGCUCUGCUGAUCCUGAGGUUUCUGCCCUUGGUGAUAUUGAUUCUGACGGAAGGUUAAGUGAUGUAUCUGAUGGCGCUAUAUCCACGGGUGCAGAAACUGAUAGUUCAGUGAACAAUGCUGUGGACCAAGAACAAGAGAAAACGUCUAGUGCUGCAAAAGAGCGGUUGACCAAAGCAGUAAAUCGAAUCCAGAAGCUAACAGUCCCAAAAGUAGGCCAAGCAUCAAGCUUGCGGCCUAAACCAAGAGAUCCUUCUGCUCCUAAACCUUCAGGUAAGAUACCUCUAAGUUUGCACUCAUAUUACGAGACUCAAUUUUCUGGAAUGCCAAGCUUGAGGAGCUGAUGUUUGGGGUAAAUAGAUCUGAGUCUGAUUCUAUAGUUCCACAGAUGAUCCACUUGCGAUCCGAAUAGGAGAACGUUUAUAGAAUGUACCGGACAGAUAUCUACAGCAACAUUUGUUUGUGCAUGGAUAUGCCUCUAAUCUGUGCUUUGCAUUGAUAUUUGACAAACAUCAUAAUCAUCUUGACCAUGUUGAAUUAGGCCGUUCGUAUGAAAAUAAGUGAAUAAAGCAGGCCGUGAAAGAAUUAUACAUGAUAUGGCAGUGCAACUUACCAACCCCUGAUGCAACCAAUCUAAUCUGAUACUAUUUCGCUGAAAUUCUUAAAAAAAUUGUAAUACAUAUGUGACUCUUAAACAGUUCAUAGAAACCUCCACAAAGAACUAUAGUCACAAGAUUCUUGACUAUUACUCCCGGAGGCUAUUCAAAUCCCUAGAUUCUGUGUGCGGUU